GGGGUGGCAAAAGGAAGAAUGUGAGACAACAGACCUUCGAUGCGAUCACCAACGUCAUGGAUAAGCAGGGGAAGCUGAUGGCGAUGACGGUGGACAGCGCAAGCAAGAGGCAAUGCUUAGUCCUGAUGAGGCAAUGCGACAUUCUCGAGCGAGAGGUGGAGGUGCAACCGUGUGGUAGAGGGGGUGUCGAUGACGUGCGCCGCGAAGAUGGUAAAAGAGAUGGACGACGGGAAGGCAAUGAUGUCGACGACCGACCCCUUGCCAACAGGCGGAAGAGAACUGCAAAGGAGGUUAAUCUGGAGGAGAGGUCGAAGCUGUGGGUUGAUUGCGACACUUUUUGGGGACAAGGCCCCGAAAAACCGCUGAGGGAGGUGAUUGGCGAUUGCACCGACGACUUCAUCGUCAUUGCCAACUUAGACACAAGAGUCGAACCACCGUCCAUGCUCAUAAUGCCGCCGAACGAUGUGCCACGCUUCAAGAUUGACGAUCCUGUGCAGCAUGAACCGGCUUUGCGCAAAGUGCGCAUCGUGGAGAAACUAGUAAUGUGCACCAUCCAUAACUGGAUCUUCAAAUCGUCGUCGAGGUCGAAUGGCUUCGCUCGCGCAGAGUCGUACAUCACCGUCGACUACGCCACCAACGUCGCAUGAGCUGUUUGGCAGGGGUUAGAAUAGUCGAGAGUGGUUUCCCCAUCCCUCAUUUACUACAUGCCGCAGAUAAAGAUGGACGUGCCUC